AAAGAAAACAGUGAGAAUGAGAAACAGUAAGGGAGAUGAUAGCCUUUGCUUCUACAAGAUUUUGUUUGAUCCGGAAAUUGAAGAACUGAGAAUUCCAUCUGAUUUUGUGAAGCAUAUAACAGAAGAAGCAAUAGAGAUAGCAUUUUUGGUAGGGUCUUGCGGAAAGUAUUGGAACGUAGAACUGGUGCAGAAUGAAGAUGGGAUGUUCUUUCAUGGUGGCUGGAAGAACUUUAUGAUGGAACAACAUUUUGAAGGAGGUGAGCUUUUGCUUUUCAAUUAUGAUGGAAAGAUGACAUUUCAUGUACGCAUUUUUGACAAAAAUGGAUUGGAGAGAUAAUUGACAUAAAUCAAAUCAUUGUGAAAAGAGAGUUGUACUAUGGCUAUUAAAGGUCAAAG